GUCCAUUGAAGUUUGAACAAACAUAAACUUCGAAACCUUUGCGACCCUUUUGGAGUUAACCAGAUUCAGCAAUCUAGUGUAGGAAAAAGCAGGCAAUUAACCUUCGCAUUGAUACGAGUCAAGACAAUAGUUCCUUUCUCAUAAGCUUCAUACAACCGCCGAGCUUCCUCUAACCUUAAAACUCCUUUCCGCCAUCAAUUUCACAAUCACUCUCCUUAAGAGCAUCCGGUCAUCCAUAUAUCGCUUCGACUCUGCAGACGUUCCAGAAAUCCUCACAGGAUCCGGUGAAAGAAAGAGAAACCAAUUUCGAUGGGGAAGACAAGGGGGAAAAAGUAAAGAAGGAAACAGAAGCUCAGGCUGCGCAAGCCAUGGCGGGCCUGCCUUGAAAACAAAUGUCAACAAGGAGAAAGAAGAAGAGGGGACAAUUUCAACCCCAAUAGCGUCGUUGUCGCAUACCUUCUCCCACCCUCCCCAUCAGUUUUGGGUCUAGAAAGUGAGAACAAACAACGGAGAAAAAGACCCCAAAAAGGCAGCUUUAACCUUAGACCCAAGCAAUUGCCAACCAACAGAAAGCAAAUUCAAUUUAAUGGUUCCGUCCUUCUGCCUUCAUCGAUCCCUCCUAAUCUACCAGCUCACGUUGUGGUCUUUUCUCUCGGUAGGUAUAGCUCAUACGUUGCUGCUCUUCUCCCCUUCCUCUUUCAAGGGGUUUUCUGACGCGAAACAGUAAAAAAAUCAGCUUUUCUGGGACAAGUUCUCCGAUGGGUUUGUUGUUCUGUUGUUAUCAUGGUUAGCUUUUCUCCACAGCUGCCUUCUCCGGCUCUUUCCAAUUGGUUUUGUGUGGAAAAGUUUGGAACUUUUGGUUUCGGGAUACAAAGACUUCUGAUGUGUGGAUGAAGGAAUUCCGAGUGCUGUAAAUCUGGAUCUUGCUUCUUACAAUGGGCUGUAACAACUGGUUAAGCUGCUUUACUGGGAGCAAUAACAGCCCUGGAAACCUGGCAGCAACUGAAGAGAUUGCCACCAACAAUUUGAGGGUCUUCUCAUACAAUACAUUGAGAUCAGCCACCCUAAACUUUCAUCCGGCGAACAAGAUUGGUGGAGGUGGGUUUGGAGUGGUCUACAAGGGAACUUUAAAAGAUGGUACUACCCAGGUAGCCAUAAAAACACUGUCUGCAGAAUCCAAACAAGGAACUGAUGAGUUUAAAGCUGAAAUCAGACUGAUUGCAAACACACGACACCCAAAUCUUGUUCAACUCAUUGGCUGCUGUGUUGAGGAUGGUCAUCGAAUAUUGGUAUAUGAAUAUCUAGAGAACAACAGCCUUGCUACUGCUUUACUUGGUUCGAAAGGGAAACACAGAGCUAUGGAUUGGCCAACAAGGGUUGCAAUUUGCCUUGGAACAGCAACUGGCCUAGCAUUUCUCCAUGAGGAAGUUGAGCCAUCUAUAGUCCAUAGGGAUAUCAAAGCUAGUAACAUACUUCUCGACGCAAAUCUACAGCCCAAGAUUGGGGACUUCGGGUUGGCGAAACUCUUCCCAGAUAAUGUCACUCAUGUCAGUACUCGAGUUGCAGGAACAAUGGGAUAUUUGGCCCCGGAAUAUGCACAACUAGGAAAACUAACGAAGAAGGCUGAUGUCUAUAGUUAUGGAGUCCUUCUACUUGAGAUCGUUAGUGGUAGAAGUAGCAGUAAAGCUGCGUUUGGUGAAGAGCUACUAGUUCUGGUUGAAUGGGCAUGGAAGAUGCAGAACGAGGAAAGGCUACUGGAACUAGUUGAUCCAGAACUCACAAACUACCCAGAACAUGAAGUUCUAAGAUUCACUAAAGUCGCUCUCUUUUGCACACAGUUGGCCGGCAGCCAAAGACCCACGAUGCUACAAGUGGUGGAAAUGCUGUCCAAGAACGUCCGCCUUAACGACAAAGCACUGGCUGAACCAGGUUUCUACAAAACUUGGACUCCUCGCUGCUCUGGCGGCAGCCGCAGCUUCAAUGAAUCCACAUCUUCUGGCAAAGAUAUUAGAGGCAAACAACCGCUGUUGAAACCCUCAAUAGGCUCUGAAGUAGUUAGUGCUACCAGCAUCACUCAAAUGUUUCCUAGGUGAUAUUUUUUUUGACAAAACCAAAAUUUGCUUGUUUAGUAGUAUUGCCUUUCUUGUAGUUGUACACUCCCCAGCCAUUAUUAAACGUCCCGCGAUUCCAACUCUCUAUUAUUGUAUAGUAUUAAUACCAAUGAAAUAUAUUACAAAAC